AUGAGCAGAAAAGCCGUGAACCGCUGCAGGAGCAGUGUCGCUGGAUCGGACGUUCUUCCUCGUACGCGUGACAGCGCCUACGCCGAGCUUGAACGCGUCGACUACGACGAUGAACACACCGAGGAUUCCCCGCUCUUGAGACCUUCGCACGACGUUCGCGACAUCGAGUCCGCCUCCGUCACCCCUACAACCUCCUCCUCCAUCACUGCCCCAAACCCUCCCCGCAUCGGCAGUAUCAUCGCCGUCCUCCUCCUCGGGUCCUUGAUCUCCAACGCAGAUGGCUCAUUCGUCCUCGCCACCAGCGUUUCCAUCUCAUCGGAGUUCUCCUCCCUCCAAAACAGCUCAUGGCUCAUCGCUUCGUACACUCUCGCCAUGUGCGCGUCUCAACCACUUUACGGGAAACUCUCAGACAUCUACGGGCGGAAAGGCGUGCUACUCGCUGCUUACGCGUUUUUCGGCAUCGGGUGUGCAAUCUGUGGUUUCGCUGGAAGCAUGGGGAUGUUGGUUCUUGGCCGUGUCGUCUCCGGUGUCGGGGGUGCUGGGAUGAGUGCUCUCGUUUCGAUCCUCAUCACGGAUCUUGUACCGCUACGUGAAGUAGCGAAAUGGAGAUCCUACGUCAACGUCGCUUCCACAUUCGGCAGGAGUAUUGGUGGACCCUUGGGAGGGUGGUUGACUGAUACGGUUGGGUGGAGGUGGUCCUUCUUCGGGCAAGCACCAUUGACGUUAUUGGCUGCUGUUCUUGUCUACCACAAGCUCCCCGACACCGGUUCCUCCACCUCCGAGCAGAUCCACAGGGACGACGGCAGUGGUACCAAACCCCAAGAAUCCCACCGCUCCAAACUCACCCGUAUUGACUUCGUCGGCGCCGCCCUCCUCGCCUCAACAAUCACCGCCUUCCUCCUCAUCCUCGAACUCGGCGGUACCCGUCUCCCCUACACCUCAACCCCCCUCAUGCUCAUCCUCCUCUCCACCUUCGUCUCCUUCGCUCUCUUCCUCAUCACCGAAUCCUGCGCGUCCGAACCGAUUUUUCCGUUGUCCCUACUUUGCAAUGCGCAGGUGUUGUUGAGUUAUUGGGCGAUGUUGGCACAGUUGGCUGCGCAGAUGGGGAUGAUGUAUUUGGUGCCGUUGUAUUUCCAGGUUACGCAGUCGGCUUCGACGAGUGUUGCGGGGGCGCACUUGCUCCCGGCCGUCGUGGGGAACACUGUUGGUGCGCUGCUCACGGGGGUCUUUAUCCACCGGACGGGGCGGUACAAACUCCCAGCCGUAUCAGCGGGUGUAGUAGCUGCUGUCACCUACAUCCUUCUCAUCCUAACCUGGCAUGGCGAGACGAACUGGAUCCAAUCCUUGUUUAUCAUCCCCGGUGGUUUCGGUACAGGGAUUGCGCAGACGGCUGUAUUCAUCGCUCUCACUUCCGCCGUCCAAAAAUCAGCCAUUGCAAUUGCGACGAGUGGGUUAUAUCUCGCUUCCAACAUAGGCAUGGUACUGGGUGUUUCGCUUACCUCCGCCGUUCUCCGGACCUCCCUUGCCCUCCUUCUGGGGAAACAGGACGUGCCCGAGGAGGUAAUUACGAGGGUUUUACAAGACGUGGAGGAGGUUCAAAAGUUGGCAGAAGGGGAUAAAAUGGUUGUCGUGGGGUGUUACGUCCAUGCAAUCGAGUACACACACGUACUGAGUCUCGUUUUGGCUGUAACUGCGGUUGUGGCCGGGCUUUUUCUUCGGCAGAGGAGAAUCGGGUGA